CGCCCACGUUGUGCCCGAAGGCCUUGCACUUUUUUACUCCGUUAGCCAGGGAUAAGCCGCAUACCCAAUCGGCAGCCAACUGGUAAAUGCCAGGCACAAUCGGUCAUGUUGCCACCUGAUUCUGCCGCUGAAAACAUGGCGGUGAGAAAAGCGUUUCUGACACCCCACCUUUGCUUAAUAAUGGCCCUCCGACUGCCCCUCCCCCAGUGCCUCAGUCCGCGAACGACAUCCCAAAGUCAACAGGUCAAUUGAUUUCUUCUGUUUCAGCUUGCAUAUAUGCUUGUCAGGGCCCUCCGUCACAAUGUCAGAAUCUAUCUAUACUAGCUAUCCUCCAUCCCUGAACCCUGCACAAAAGGAGUUCCUCGUCAAGACAAUCAAGGACUGGGCCACGCAAAAUGGUCUCGUCGUCCGCCCCGCGCCGACCUUUGUCGCAAGGGAAACCGACCCUCAAGGCGUGCUUGCAACCAAUGCGCCAGUGACACUGUUUCCAAGUCCGUUUCCUAAAGCCUGCUUUGAAGAGGCGAAAGCUCUGCAGACUGUCUACAACCAGCUUUACGCUGCGAUCACAUGUGACGAAAACUGGAUUGGGAAGAUCAUGGAAGAUUUGAUUGACGUCGACGAUUUCAUCUCCAACCUUUGGAAAGUCCAUCUUGCAGUCAAGAAAGAAGGAUAUGCCCAGAAACUGUCACUCGGUCUCUACCGGUCCGACUACAUGGCCCAUACUCCGUCCGAUGCCACGUCUCCCAGCCUGAAACAGGUCGAAUUUAACACGAUUUCCUCUUCAUUCGGCGGUUUGUCAUCCUUGGUAACCGCCCUUCACACCGAGCUCCUCAACUUUCCACCGGGUCACCCGGUCGCCUAUCCGUCCCACCCUCUGCUCGACGCAAAUCAACCACCCGAGAACCCUGCCGUGGAGACCUUGGCUGCCGGUCUGGCUGCAGCCCAUGUUGCCUACGGACCCUCAAAAAUCACCCCAGCCCUUCCCACCUGCAUUCUCUUUCUUGUGCAGGAGAACGAGAGAAACAUCUUUGACCAAUUAGCUCUUUCCCGAGAGUUGACCAAGGUUCAUAAAAUUCCCGUCUUCCGCGUCCUCAGCUCCGAAAUCCUUGACCACACUACCGUCCAAGAUUCAAAUCCUUUGAGGCCACUUGUCUAUCAACCGCCGCACUCGAACGGCGCUCAGUUCGAAGUGACUACUGCCUACCUCCGCUGCUUCUACGCACCUACCGACUACAAAUCAGAGCGCGACUGGCAAGCACGGACACAUCUCGAGCGCUCCGCGGCUAUCAAAUGUCCCACUGUUCUCAACCAACUUGCUGGAUGCAAAAUCGUUCAACAGGUCUUAGCCGAGCAGGAAGGCAGCGACCAUCUUGCGAAGUUCCUAUCCGGCCUGAAUGAGGCAACAAUCUCAAGAAUCAGAGCUACCUUUGCACCCCAGUAUGAUCUUUCGUCUAAUGGCCGCGGCCAGAAACUCGCAUUGAACCUUGAGACCGCCGUCAACCAUGUGUUGAAGCCACAGCGUGAGGGUGGUGGCAAUAAUGUGUACAAGGAGGCUAUUCCUGAAUUCCUGCGGUCAAUUCCAGAGACUGAGUGGAAGCGGUGGAUCUUGAUGGAACUGAUCCACCCGCCUGCCGAGGCGAAGAAUGUGGCCCUGCGUAGUGAUGGGGAGGUACUCAGCGGGCAUGUCAUUGGAGAGCUGGGUAUUUAUGGAACCAUUCUGUGGAAUCAAGCUGACGGGAAGAUUCUGCAGAAUGAGCAAGGUGGGUGGCUGAUGAGAACCAAGGCGAGAGACGUCAAUGAGGGAGGCGUAGCCACUGGUUUCUCCAGCUUGGACAGCAUUGUUCUAUACUAGACUGUAUUUUCGAGAUUAGACUCAAUAGAACGACAAAAUUUUCC